AAAUUACUUGGAAAAUAAAUGAAAAUACAAAAGCCUCACCGCUUCCGUCUCUGCCCACACAACCGGCGGAUAUAACGAAAAUGGACCCCAGGGCAGCGGCGCCAAAAAUCCGGCAGCCGUCCACGACGGCUACGGCAACCGUGAAGAACAAAAAGAAGAAGACAACAGCAGAAGCUCUCGGCCACGACGUUCUCUGCAUCAUCUUCUCCUUUCUCGACUUAGUCCAGCUCAUUCGCUGCUCCGCCGUUUCUACUUCUUGGAGUAAAGCUGUCAACAAAUUGAAGUUGCAUCAAACAGAAUACUUCAAGCAGCAGCAUAGUGGUCCUAAUGGCCUCAUUGACGCACCUUUCUCUCAGAGAUCAUUGAGUGAACAAGCGGAGCAGCUAGCUAUGGAACAACACAAAUUGGCAUUACAAAGGGGCCCUGCUAAUGUUAUUCAGUGGAAAGGUCAUUCAGUAGGGGUAAAUCAGUGCAGAAUGAAGAUGGGAAAAGUCCUUACCGGUGUGGGUGACAAGGUCAUGCGUCUCUGGUCGGCAGAAAGCUGCAAAUGUUUGGAUGAAUAUUUCCUUGUCGAUAAAGCCCCUUUAAUUGAUUUUGAUUUUGACGAGGGCAAGGUUGUUGGUUUGGUUGGCACCCGUAUAUGCAUCUGGAAUCGUACAGAGGAAAGAAACAUAUUUUCCUCACGUGAGAACUUAUUUACUAAGGCCCUCUGUAUGCGUUAUGUAGACCCCGAAGCUGUGAUCGGAUGUGAGGAUGGAAAGGUUCGUGUAUUUGACCUAUACAGCAGAAAGUGUACCCAAAUAAUAAAGAUGCAUCAGGGGCCUGUUUCUUGCUUAGCUUUUACUGAUGACCAAUUGCUUGUUAGUGGUUCUUCCCUCGGCUCCCUUUCACUCUCAGAUCUUUCUUCUGAUCAGCGAGUUGUUCAGCUGGGAUCAAUCUACUCUGCAGGGGUCAAGACUUUGUGUUUCAACCCUAAUUCCUAUAUGGUGUUUGCUGGAUCAACUGCUGGAAAUGUGUCUUGUUGGGACCUCAGGAAUACGACAAGAACUGUAUGGGAAACAAGAGUUUCUCCAAAUGUUAUUUAUUCUAUGCAUCACCUUAUGAACGACACUUCGACAUUGGUAGUUGGUGGAAUCGAUGGUGUGUUAAGAACUGUGGACCAGGUAACUGGUGAAGUAAUUUCAAGAUGCAUAAUGGAUGAUAGUACCACUGUGUUACAUCGUUCAACAGAGAGAUUUGGAAGUGUGCAAAUUGAUAGCCGGAAAGUGAAAAGGCUGUCUGAAGAUGAUCGAAUUGAUCUUAUGACAAGAACUUCCAAGCCACAAAUCACAUGUUUAGCAGCUGGGAUGGAGAAAGUUGUUACUACGCAUAAUGAUAAGUAUAUCAGAGUUUGGAAAUUCAGCAAGUGAAAAACGAUUCUCAUACACUGCCUGAUACUUGCUCGUAUAUGUAUUUCCCUAUGUAAACGUAUUUCUAAUCUGGUAGCAAAAUACAUGUAUAAUGCAGAUUUACUUGAUUUAAAAUUUGAUGUGAAAUUAUUAAUUAGUGAGACUGUAAUUCUUUCAGAAAA